UUAGCCCAGUUUGGCUACUUUCGUCCGUGUUCACUUGCUACUGUGAUCUGCUGUUACCAAUUUGGCUUGUUCCUGGACCUGUCUUCUCUGCCUGACUCCUGAUCUGACCCUGGCUUGGCUAACAGAUAUUCUCACCUGCUCUCCUGAUCUGACCCCGGCUUGGUUAAUGGAUUUUCUCACCUGCUCUCCUGAUCUGACCCCGGAUUGGCUAAUAGAUAUUCUCACCUGCUCUCCUGAUCUGACCCCGGCUUGCCUAAUAGAUAUUCUCACUUGCUCUCCUGUGUAUGACCCCGGCUAUCCUAUUGACUACGUCUGCUCCAAUCUC